CGCUCAGCAGACAGCCCAUUUUUCGAAAGGUUUUGCUGAUAUAACUACCUUAAGUACCAAAAUUUCCUUGUUUCGGAGUUUAGAUCUUGAAGAUCUUGACCAGAUGCUUGAUGGAAGUGGAAGUGCUAUUUCUGUCGAAGACUGGAAAGCACAUACAGAUUACAAUGGCUACGAAGAAAGUGAUCCUCAAAUAUCCUGGUUCUGGGAGAUAGUUGGAAGUAUGUCAGCUAAGAAGAAAAAGAUGCUCCUUUUCUUCUGGACAUCAAUAAAGUAUCUACCUCUAGACGGGUUUGGCGGUUUAGAUUCUAGACUUUCCAUUUACAGAACCUCGGAGUCUUGUAGUCAUUUACCUUCUGCACGAACAUGCUUUUACCGCAUUUGCUUUCCUCCUUAUAUUAGCAAGGAUGUGAUGCUAGAUCGACUCAGCAUAAUCACCCAAGAUCAUGUUGGUUGCAGCUUUGGUACCUGGUGAAAUCUGCCAAUUUUGGGAUUGAACUUGCACAUAGUCAGUUUGCACAUAGUCACCUUGUAAAACUCUGCCUAUUUAUGGUCAUUCAUUCAACUCAACUCAUCGCCCCAUCUUUUUAUAGAAUAUAGAGGUGUAGAAGCUAUUAAUGAAGAAAGAAGUUCAAGUC